UCACACCUGCAGUUUCCCGCGCAUUUCCUGACCAAGAAAAAUAAUAAUAAAGUUCAGUGCUUAAAAUCAAGACCUGCAAUGGAUGCAGACCUGCUGACGCUCAAGAAGCGAAUAACAAACAACUUCAAGCUAUGCGGAUUCCUCAUCCGCUCCGAGAACAGCACCUACUUGGCGGAGCAGCUGCUGCCCUUCGACAGAGCGGAGCGCGACAAAUGGCUGACUGUGAUCACGCAGAACUUGCAGGGACAGAAGCUAACGACGCCGCAUGUGGAGCGAGCAUCGCUGGAGAAGGCCAUCAAUGAGCUAAACCGAGUGGGUCUGGAUGAGGGGGAGACGGUCUUCGCCCUGAUCGACGCAUUCACAGUGCCCCGCUUCCGCUACAAUUCGCGGGUGAAAAAGUUCGAGCUGGACACUCAGCCGCGCCAGCUGCUCACGGCUCCCCGCAUGAAAGCGGAGUACAUGCAGCAGCGCUAUGCCAUGCUGCUGCAAAAGACCCUGCGCCACGACCUGUUCGCCCCCGCUGUCAUCCAGGAUGGCGUAAGCGCUGAGGCACAGGCCAAGAAGUUCAAGCUGCAGUUUGCAGAAAACCUGCUGGCCACGUCGGCCAUGAAGGAGGCUGUCGUGUUGGGGCUGCUCACCCAGCUGAAGGAGGGCAAGUUCUAUGUGGAGGAUCCCACGGGCUGCGUGCAGUUGGAUCUCAGUGGCGCCCGCUUCCAUGCAGGUUUCUUCUGCGAGGGCUGUUUUGUCCUUGCCGAGGGAAACUACAAUAAUGGUGUGCUUAAGGUUGAUGGCCUGGGUUUUCCCCCGGCAGAGCCUGCCACCAGCAGUCGAGCGUUUUUCGGCACCGCCAACACCUGGGGCGGUGAAUCCGCCAAGCUGCUUAAGUACUCCCCCCGCCUGCAAGAACUGGAACGGACAAAUACGGAAACUACGAUUGUGUUCCUAUCCGAUGUCCGCUUGGAUCUGCCCGUUGUCAUGGACAAGCUGCGCCAGCUCUUUGUCGGCUACGAUUCCUGUCCCCCGCAGGCCAUUGUGCUGAUGGGCCCGUUUACGGCCAGCACCAGGAAUCACCACGAGUUGCGGCAACAUCUAGAUGCCUUGGGUGGCCUGGCAGCCGGAUGCGAGCAGCUGAAGAAGCAAACGGAUUUGAUACUCGUUCCCUCAUCGGAAGAUCCCACGGCACCGAAUAUUUUGCCGCGUGCUCCGAUACCCGAGUGCCUGGCAGCGGGACUGCUAAAGGCCUGGCCACGCACCCAGUUGGCCACGAAUCCCUGCCGCUUGCAGUACUGCACCCAGCAGAUAGUCGUCUGUCGGCUGGAUUUGAUGGCCAAGUUCUGCCGGAAUACGUUGCAUUUCCCGGAGGAUACGUCGCAGAUAGAGCAGCAUUUUGCUCGGACAAUUGUGUGUCAGGGUCACCUGGUGCCCAUUCAUCCAAUCGCCAUGCCAGUGCAUUGGGACUAUGAUCCCGCCCUGUGGCUAUAUCCGCUGCCGGAUCUUAUAGUAAUGGGUGAUUCGUGUCAAAGCUUUAGCAGCAAUCAACACGGAUGCACAGUCCUCAAUACCGGCUCCUUUGUCAAGUCCAAGUUCGCCUUCAAAGUGUACAUACCAGCCACGCGAACGGUUGAGGACUCGGAGAUACCGGACGAUAUGGAGUAGUUGUGCUAAAGGUAAUCAUUAUUUAAUAAUAUG